UUCUGUCACUUUCUUUUAACAAAAAUUGCAUAAGUAUUCCAAUUUUCCACCAUCAAACCCCAAGAUAAAAAGUUGCACCCCUUCAAAAGUCUCUCCACCGGUGCUUCAAGUUUUCAUUCUUUGCCAGUUCUAUCAUCUAUGGCUCAGCAGAAGGUGGUGCUGAAGGUUUUGACAAUGACUGAUGAUAAAACAAAGCAGAAAGCAAUAGAAGCUGCAGCAGAUAUACAUGGGGUGGAUUCAAUUGCUGCUAAUCUGCAGGAGCAGAAGCUGACGGUAAUAGGAGAAAUGGAUGCAGUUGCAGUGGUGAAGAAAUUGAAGAAAGUAGCUCCGGUUGAUCUUUUGUCAGUUGGACCAGCAAAGGAAGAGAAAAAGGAAGAAAAGAAAGAAGAGGCUCCUAAGAAAGAGGACAAGAAACCAGCGGAGGAAAAGAAAGCUGAAGAGAAGAAACCAGCGGAAAAGAAGUAAACAUAUUUUCCUUUCUAGAAGUUUUACAUGAAUAAAACUCUUAAAAGACAUUUUCACAAACACAUACCCAUAAAUCAUAUGAUGAAUCAUCCUCUCCACAAGUAAUAUCAAGAGUUAUUAUUAUCUUUUGUUAUUUGGAAAAUUAUGUAUUUUUAUUUUUUUUUUCCGUAUUGCCUUGCUCAAUCUUUGAUAUGCCACUUCAUUAUCAAGAAAAGUAAUGUAAUUUAAUGGGACGAAGCAAAAUUUUUGUGUAAGAAUUAAUACAUGAAAUGUUUGCAAAGAUUA